AUGGAGCACUUGAGGGAUCCUGCAGCCCACCCUUUAAAGAUCGCCUCGAAUCUGGUCUCUCCUGAUCACUUUCUCUUCCAUUCUAAACUAUCGGGGCCACCGGCUUCCAAAGUUCCACAGAAAAUGGACAAAUCUCAGCAACCCAGUUCCUUCCAGCAGCUGGAAAAGCUCGGCGAAGGCACUUAUGCUACCGUCUUUAAAGGGCGCAAUCGCCAAACCGGUGAAAUGGUGGCGCUGAAGGAAAUUCACUUAGAUUCGGAGGAGGGAACGCCAUCGACUGCAAUCCGUGAGAUCUCGCUCAUGAAGGAGCUGAAGCACGAGAGUAUUGUCUCGCUCUACGAUGUCAUCCACACGGAAAACAAACUCAUGCUUGUUUUUGAGUUCAUGGACAGAGAUUUGAAGAGAUACAUGGACACCCGCGGUGACCGUGGACAGCUGGAUCCUGCCACAGUGAAAUCUUUCAUGCACCAGCUUCUCAAGGGCAUCGCCUUCUGCCAUGACAACCGAGUCCUCCACCGCGAUCUGAAGCCACAGAACCUCCUGAUAAAUAAGAAGGGCCAACUCAAGCUGGGUGACUUUGGAUUGGCACGCGCAUUCGGCAUCCCGGUUAAUACAUUCUCCAACGAAGUCGUCACUCUGUGGUACCGCGCACCGGACGUCCUCCUCGGGAGUCGCACCUAUAACACCAGCAUUGACAUCUGGUCCGCUGGCUGCAUCAUGGCAGAGAUGUACACGGGCCGUCCACUUUUCCCCGGCACCACCAACGAGGAUCAGUUGAUCAAGAUCUUCCGUCUGAUGGGCACACCAUCCGAACGUACAUGGCCCGGCAUCUCGCAGCUGCCAGAAUACAAGUCCGACUUCCAAAUCUAUGCCACGCAGGAUCUGUCGCUGAUCAUCCCCCAAAUGGAUGCUAUCGGGAUGGAUCUGUUGAACCGUAUGCUCCAACUCCGUCCAGAGAUGCGCAUCAGCGCCAACGAGGCCCUGCAGCACCCGUGGUUCCAUGAUCUGCCUCAGAUCCAAGCUAAAUUGCAGCAGCAACACCAGCAGCAGCAGCAGAUGGCUGGAUAUGGAGGCAUGAUCCCCCCGCAGCCCGCUUAUUAG